CACUGCACAUGUAGCUCGACUCGACACGACACGACUCGACACGACUCGACACGGUAGCAGCGCGGGUGCGUUUCCACCGCAAAUAGUACCUCCGGGACGUGGGCGGGGUCGGCUGCGCGAAAGGGCCGUGACGUAUUUUUGUACGCGACGCAAACAAGACCUACCCAACCCACGCGUGGACAGAACCCCCAUAACAAACAAUGGAGGACAUCGAAGCAAUGGUAUUCGUGCUGCUCGGUCUGGUGCUUUUUAUAAGACACAAAGGAGAAGAGAGUCAGAGAAGGCUGCACGCGGCGAGACAAAAUACACUCGAAAAGUCCCGGAGAGUGUUGGAGUAUAUUCAACAGUGUGAAGCCGAAGAUGAGAGGAAUCAAGCCUCCAAGAAAAGACGCAUCCAGAUGCUACUCUCGUCACAACAUUUCCGCCGCAAACCAUCGGUCUGGGCGCACAACCGAUCCUCGGAAUGGUGGGAUGUGAUUGUUCCCGGCUUCACCAACGAGCAGUGGGUGGAGAACUUCAGGAUGUCUGAAGAAACGUUUGGCUUCUUGACCAACAAACUGCGUCCAGUUUUGGAGCGGCAAGACACCAAUUUCCGCGGAUGUGUGCCCCUGAAGAAGAGAGUGGCCAUUGCACUGUGGAAGCUCGCUACUGGCUCCGAGUAUAGGAGUAUUGGACAUCUCUUUGGAGUCAGCAUCACAACUGUGUGCCGGUGUGUGCAGGAUUUUUGUGCUGCAGCAGAGACAUUGUUGGUGCCAGAACAAAUCCGUUAUCCAGACGAGGUGAAGUUCCACGAAAUGGCUACCUACAUUGAGAACAGGUGGGGGCUCCCACACUGUGUUGGUGCGAUCGAUGGAUCACACAUACCAAUCCUUGCACCACAGGACUAUCAUUGUGACUUCUUCAACCGUAAAGGCUGGCACUCCAUCCUCCUUCAAGGUGUUGUCGAUGGAAAGGGGCUGUUUUGGAACGUGUUUGCUGGACUGGCAGGGAGCAUGCAUGAUGCCAGGGUUCUGAGAGUGUCCAAACUGUGGGAGUUAGCCAGCCGAGGGAACCACUUCCCAGCUCGCACCAGGAACAUUGGAGGGGUGACUGCUGGCUAUUACAUCCUAGGAGACUCAGCAUAUCCUUUGCAGAACUGGCUCUUGAAACCCUUCCAAGACACAGGACGACUAACAGCAGAACAGCAGAUGUUCAACAGAAAAUUCAGUAGAGUAAGGGUGGUUGUUGAAAACGCUUUUGGCCGGCUUAAAGGAAGGUGGCGGUGCCUCCUGAAAAGGAACGACUCUGAUCUCCAACUGGUUAAGUCUAUGGUUAUGACUUGCUGUGCUCUGCACAACCUUUGUGAAAAUCAUGGAGAGACUUAUGAGACCGAGUUGACCGAGUUGGAUGUACAACCAGCAGAGCCUGGGGUGGCAGUGGCACAGGAUGUUGAGGGCAUCAAUGUACGGGAGGGUCUAAAGCAGUUCUUGUUGGCGAAUAAUUAA